AUGCCCACGAUAGCUUCUGCCGACUUGUUGGAUUUCGCCACUCGCCUGUUAGCUGCCAGCGAGGUACCCCAGGAAGAAGCCGCGGUGGUCGCCGAAAGCCUGGUGGGGGCCAACCUCCGGGGGCACGACUCGCACGGGGUGAUGCGAAUCCCGUUCUACCUCGACGGCUUGAAGAAAGGCGAAACCACCGCAGCCGCCGAACUCACCAUCACCAAGCAAACUGAAACCACGAUCGUGGCCGACGGCAAUUGGGGCUUCGGGCAAACACUGAUGCACGACCUCACUGGCCGGUUGAUCGCAAUGGCCAAGGAACACGGCACCGGCGUUGGGACACUGAUUCACUCCUCGCAUGUGGGGCGGUUAGGCGAGUAUUGCGAACGGGCGGCCGAGGCUGGUCUGGUCUCGAUGAUGAUGGUCAACACUCACGGUUCGACCCGACGUGUCGCACCUCCCGGCGGGAAAGCUCCUCGACUGGGCACCAACCCCAUCGCGUUUGGGGUACCCGCUGAUGAUGGUCCUCUGAUCGUCGACUUCGGCACCUGCGCUACGGCCGAAGGCAAAGUUCGUGUGAAACGCAUCGGCGGCGAACUCUGCCCCGACGGGUGGCUGCUCGAUUCCGAAGGCAAACCCACCAACGACCCGCACAGCUUGUAUGGCGACCCGCCCGGUACGAUUCUCCCCAUGGGCGGCAAUCAAGCCUACAAAGGUUUCGGCCUGGCGAUGAUGGUCGAGAUCUUCUCCGGGGCACUUUCCGGCGGUAUUUGCGCCCGCGAGGUGCCAGUGAACCAGUUGGGCAACUGUGUUUUCAUGAUGGUGAUCGAUCCCGAUCAUCUCGGAGGGGCACAACAUUUCGCCGAUCAGGUCGCCUCGCUGGUUGGAUUCGUUCGCGGCUGCCCCAAAAUCGAGGGUGUCGAGGAAAUCCUCCUCCCCGGCGAUCCCGAACGCCGGGUGCUCGAGCAACGGACCGCUAAUGGAGUUCCUUUCGACGACGGAAACUGGCAGCAGUUGGUCGAUUUGGCCGCCAAACUGGGUGUCGAACCACCAGUCUCGAAGGGAGAUCCAAGAAUGCGAUUCCGGUGGUCCACGAACGCGAUGCGAGCAAUCUUGCCGCUUAUUUUGGUCACCCUUGCCAGCCCGGCCACGGCUGAAGACGCCCUGCCGCUAGUCGGCGGUGUUGAGUGGCAACCGCUCAAGGCCCAAGUUCAGCGCGUGGUGCAAACGCUCGACUACCUGGGUGCCCCUCUCACGGAAGAGCAACAGCAAGCAUUCGACGCCGCGUCGGAAAUGACCGACGGCGCCGAAGCAUCUCGGGCCGUUCAGCGAGUGCUCGAUCCCUUGUGCCUGGCGGCCGUGAAUAUCAACCCGGAGAGUCGGGUGAAAGCCGCCCCGGGCCCAGCUCCCAAGGCUCUAGUGCAACAAGGUUGGACCGUCUUCCUCGUAAAGGUUCAUAACGAAGCGGGAGUCACCGCCGCUUUGCAGUGCACCAGCCCCAAUGCCGCUCCGCUGGUCAAGCCUUCAACCGCCGCCGCUGAACCCGAGGUGAGCAUCAAACCCAGCGAAGUCGGAGAUCGCUGGCUCGAUGUGAGCAUGUACGGAAAGCAGCCGCUGAACGAGAAACUCUCCGGGCUCGAACUCGAAUACCGAGUGAUCGAACUCUAUAGCCGCGACGUCGGCCGACGUGAGGCGAAGCUGGUGUUCGAUGCCGGACAGGGUACCCAAGACCUCGGGUUCCGCAGCGAGUUGAAUCUGCUGUUCCAGUGCGAACCUGCCGUCGAAGUGGUGUUAGAAGUUCUUGAUGACGACGGACAACCUACCACCGGGCAGUUUGUGUUUCGCGACGAGCACAAUCGGGUCUACCCCUCGAUGGCGCGACGAUUGGCGCCAGACUUUUUCUUCCAUGAACAGAUCUACCGCCACAGUGGCGAGUCGGUGAUGCUGCCUCCGGGGAAGUACGAAGUUACAUUCACCCGAGGGCCGGAAUACCGUAUUGAGAAGCGCACGAUUGAAGUUCCCGAUUCGGUUUCACACCGCGAGAAAUUCCAACUCCAGCGUUGGAUCAAGCUGACCGACGCCGGAUGGUACUCAGGCGACCAUCACGUGCACGCGGCCGGUUGCAAGCAUUACGAGUCGCCGACCGAAGGCGUGCAGCCCGUCGACAUGAUGCGGCACAUCCUGGGUGAAGACCUCAACGUCGGCUGCGUUCUGUCGUGGGGCCCGUGCUGGUACUACCAAAAGCAAUACUUUGAGGGCCGCGUGAACCGGCUCUCGACUGACCGCUACUUGAUGCGGUACGACGUAGAAGUCUCCGGCUUCCCCAGUUCCCAUGCGGGUCAUCUUUGCCUGUUACGACUGACCGACGACGACUAUCCAGGCACGAUCCGAAUUGAAGAGUGGCCCAGUUGGGACCUUCCAGUUUUGCGAUGGGGAAAAGAGCAGGGCGGGGUGGUCGGUUUCUCACACAGUGGGUGGGGACUGAAGGUUGAUGCCACGGAGUUACCCACGUUCGAUAUGCCGCCGUUUGAUGGAAUCGGGGCCAACGAAUACAUCGUCGACGUCACCCAUGGCGUCUGCGAUUUCAUCUCCGCAGUCGAUACUCCUUUCGUCUGGGAACUCAACAUUUGGUAUCACACCCUGAAUUGUGGAUACACGGCCCGCAUCUCCGGCGAGACCGACUUCCCCUGCAUCUACGGCGAACGCGUCGGGCUGGGCCGCGCGUAUGUAAAGCUCGAUGACGACGAACCGUUGAACUACGACAAUUGGGUCCGCGGCAUCCGCGAUGGCCGCAGCUACUGCACCGACGGACUUUGCCAUCUGUACGACUUCACCGUCGAUGGGCUAGGUGUCGGUGAGCCCGGAGCCGAUGGCCAAGCGAGCGUACUCGCUGCGAGAUCCGGCAAGCCACUCAAAAUUCGCGUUCAAGCGGCCGCACUUUUGGCCGACGAGCCACGAGAAGACAUCCGCAGCCGCCCCUUGGAUCAUCAACCAUACUGGCAUAUCGAACGGGCCAGAAUCGGCGACUCGAACAAAGUGCCGGUCGACCUGGUAAUCAAUGGCGAAACUGUCGCCACGCAAGAACUGGUAGCCGACGGCCAGGUUCGAGAACUGGAAUUCGAAGUCACUCCCGAGCAAUCAAGCUGGAUCGCCCUCCGGGUAUUCCCCAGUUGCCACACAAAUCCUGUGUUCGUCGAGUUAGACGGCAAGCCAAUCCGUGCAAGCAAGCGCAGCGCCCAGUGGUGCCUCGAUGCGGUGGAUGUUUGCUGGAAAGAGAAGAGCCCAAAGAUUCGCGAAAGCGAGCUGCCCGCUGCGGAAGCCGCCUACGAAUCGGCCCGCAAGGCGUAUCGCAAGAUCCUGGACGAGUCGCAAGCCGACUGA